AUGGCAAAGUUGAUUGAAGCCCGCAACAUCGCCUGUAGGAAGGACAAAGAGCACACCAUCUUCUCUCAAUUGAACUUCGAUGUUAACGAGAGAGAUAUCAUUGUUCUACAAGGCAAGAGUGGUGCAGGGAAAACUACACUUUUAAAGUGUAUCGCCCAUCUGAACGUUUACGACGGAGAGAUCUUAUACAGAGGACGCCAUGAACACUCCCACGGGGAACUCAUGAAGACGUCCCGUAUUCCAGGCGUGCCUGCAUUUAGAACGCGGAUAUUCUACGUGCCCCAGAGACCCGCUUUGCUGCCAGGCACGCCGCGCGAUUUUAUGGCAACGGUCACAUCCUUUCAGUCUCGUAAAUCGACCUCGGAAUCUGAUCUCGCCCUCGCUAUGGACAUCUCCAAGGGGUGGGGCAUCGAUGAUGAGCUAUGGGAGAGGAACUGGACUAGCUUGAGUGGUGGCGAGGCGCAAAGGAUAGCGUUGGCCUCUGCAAUGGGGUUGAACACUGCUGAAAUCCUUCUACUUGACGAGCCAACUUCUGCUCUCGAUCAUCAGUCGACUAAGCUUGUGGAAGAGUUCAUCCUGAAUGACCUCAGGUCCCCGCAAAACGGGUUGAAGGCGAUAGUCUGGAUCACUCAUUCCGAGGAGCAAGCAAGAAGAGUGGGAACUAGAUUCCUUCGGAUCUCAGCAUCUGGUUGUGAGGAAGAGCCACUUAUUCCUGAACCAUAG